AUGCUUCGGCAAUUUGAUUGAAUUUUCCGAUGAUGGUCCCAUGUGCCUGGUCUCUAUAAAAUGCGUUCAUAAACUUCCUUUGAACUUUGGAGUUUCUCAGUGGUUAAGUUUGACGUUGUUCUAGUCGAAACGUAAUCCCUUAAGCAAAAGAAUUUAAUAUUGGUAACUACAAUGGCUUCAAAACAAAUCUUCAAAAUAGUUCCGUUAACCCCCUCCGAGAUAAGCUUUUUACAAAGCUUGGCUCCGGCUGUCAAAGAGGUGGGCGUCAAAGUCACAUCUACAAUGUAUCAGUACAUGUUCCAAACGCACCCCGAAGUGAAAUCGUACUUCAACAUGACUAACCAACGUACUGGCAGGCAGCCUAAGGUUUUGGCAUUCUCAUUAUACCAAUACAUUUUGCACUUGAAUGAUCUUACGCCAAUUAAUGGGUUUGUCAAACAGAUUGUUAUAAAGCACUGUGGGCUAGGUAUUGCUCCAGAACAAUACCCAGUCGUAGGCAGCUGUCUUGUUCACGCGUUUAAGGAAGUACUGGGUCCAGAAGCGGCAGACGAGCAUUUUGUUAACGUUUUAACCAAAGCAUACGGAAACUUAGCACAGACUUUGAUCGAUGCCGAAGAGAGCGUUUACCAAGGUUUACAGUGGAGAGGUUGCAAAGACUUCAAAGUUGUUAAACUAGAGAAGGAGGCUGCAGAUGUCACUUCGGUCUAUCUGACUCCUGUCGAUGGUACCAAAUUAUUACCUAUUAUUCCAGGCCAAUAUAUAUCGCUAAAUUGGGAUGUGCAAGAUGAAACAGUCCAACCACGUGAAUACUCUAUUUCCCACAAUUUGAUUAAUAAUGAGUAUAGAAUAUCUGUCCGGAAGUUAGUGAAUGGUAAAGUGUCAACGUUUGUGAAUACUAAACUUCAAGUUGGGGAUGUUGUGCCCGUGCAUGCACCUAUCGGUAAUAUGACUUACGACGCUACAUCAGGCAAGCCCAAAAUUGCAGUCUUAGCUGGUGGAAUUGGUAUCACUCCAAUGAUUACUAUUAUGCAAGCUGCUUUAAAAAAUGGCCAAUCUGUGGAAUUGUUUUACUCCAAUAGAACGGUAGAUUCCGAGCCUUUCAAGAAGACGUUCGAAAACUGGAGAUCUGAAUAUCCCGAUACCUUCAAGUUGAAAAACUACAUUUCUGGUAACGGAAAAAAGUUGACUAUUUCUGAAUUGGAGCACAUAGUGCCAUCUGAGUAUGAUGUUUACUUGUUAGGUCCUGUCGGAUACAUGCACGAGUUCAAGACAUACUUGACAAACAAAGGUGUUUCUGAUGUGAAAAUGGAGUUUUUUGGUCCAACAGACCCUGAUGUAUAAAACCAAGGAAGCUGACUGUAGAUAAUUUGUCUAUGCAUUAGACAACUUGUAAAUAUACUGAGCCUUUAUAGCCUAAUUUUAUUAUUUUCUUAAAGCUAGUUUGGACGGCUUGUCGAGCAAGGCCAUGAGUAUCGGUGUUUUUUUUGGUGCUUGGGCAUCAUGCACUGACAUGUACUAUCUCUACUUCACAUGGAAGAGUUGCAAUAUUU